GCUGCUAGUACAAUUUCUGUCUGCUCUAAUUUUGUUCUCAAGCUUUGCCGUUUUCUAACUACUACUGUCGAUAUUUUGUUAUAUCUAGAUCAUCAGAUGGGUGAUGAAAGUGCCGAUACCGUCAUCAACGGCCAGAAGCCCCUGCAUAUUUGGACACCCUUGAUAGAGAGUGUGCCUCUUUCCAAGCAUUCUGGCUUCAUAGUCCAUCUCAAACUAGACAACAACCAGCCGUCCUCGUCUUUCAAGAUCCGAGGCAUUGGAAAUCUUUGUCAAAAGGCAAAGAGCAAAGGUUGUAAACACAUUGUCUGUUCAUCUGGAGGCAAUGCUGGUCUUGCUGCUGCAUAUGCUGCCAGGAAAUUGAAUUUACCUUGCACAGUGUAUGUUCCAACGACAACGCCAGAAUCAACUCACCAGAAACUACGGAAUGAGGGAUCAGAGGUUAUAGUGCAUGGCUCUGUCUGGAAUGAAGCAAAUGAAAUGGCCAUGAAAGCUGCUGAUCAGCCUGGUUAUGCUAGUGUGCAUCCAUUUGACCAUCCAGAUGUGUGGGAUGGACAUUCAUCAAUCAUUGAAGAAAUGGCUGCUGAUAUGAAGAAGCCUGAUGUCGUAAUAACAUGCGUAGGUGGAGGGGGCCUCCUCUGUGGUGUAGUGCAGGGCAUGAAGAAGGUGGGAUGGAAUGAUGUCCCAAUCAUUGCCAUGGAGACUAUUGGUUCAGAUUCCUAUAACUCUGCUGUAAAGGCAGGAAAAUUGGUCACACUGAAGGAAAUCAGCAGUGUAGCAAAAUCCCUUGGUUCCCUCACAGUUUGUCAGCAAGCUUUCGAUUACUAUAGUCAACAUCCCAUCAUAUCUGCUACAGUAGAGGAUAAGGAAGCUGUUAAUGCCUGCCUAAAGUUUGCUGACGACCAUCGCAUCUUGGUUGAGCCAGCCUGUGGUGCAGCAAUAGCAGCCAUUUACAGUCAUGUGAUUCCUAGAUUACAGAAGGAGGGAAAGCUCAAGGACGUCAAGUCAGUAGCAUUGGUCGUGUGUGGAGGAGCGUCAGUCAAUUUGUCACUUCUGCUCAACUGGAAAGAACAAUUUGGCUUGUAGGCAAGAGUUGGGAACAAGAGUGCAUCUUCUGUCUCACGUGUAUCUUAGGAUGGACGUGUUCGAAUUCUCUCUGAUCUGAAUUGCUCACUGUUUAGACCAAGGUUGUAGUAAUUCACACGAUUGUUUGUCUAUGAAGUCUAUUCUAAGAAUGAGUCCAUACUCAACUGAAGUCACUAAGGAAGGCUGUGGAACUCUGUUCUGGAUCUGAUCUCUUCAAAUGACUAUAAUUGAUUCAAAUGUGGAAAUCUAUGCAUAAUUUUUGUCUUGUGAAGAAUUGUCUUGAUAGUUUGGCCUGUAUCAUUGUAUAAAUCUGGGGAAAAUGGUUUAUAAGCAUAUUUUCUUGCUUCGGUUUCCAAUAUAAGUUAUACAUGUAUUAUGAGGGUUAUACAGAAUUACUUGGUAUAUAGGCUGUCAAAAGGUAUCAUCUGUGCUUUUUUUGUUACAUGCUGAUUGGUGUUUUCCUUUUUAACUGAACCUCCAUGUGUACUUUACUAGCGUGUUUUUUGCAACGUUAUCAUCAAUAAUGGCUGUGACAUUUUGUGAAUUGAAACUUUUCUCAAUGAUGAUCGAUACUGGUACCAGUGAUAACUGUGUGUUCCUA